CUCUAAUGCAUACAACCGCCUCUAGACGGGCAACAUUUGAACAUGUUUAUAACGUAAACCGUACGUCGGAUUGUAAUUCUGUCUACUACACUAUCGCGCCGGAACGUUCCCUCUAUAACUUUGACAUUUGUGGUUCUAGCCUAGAACGAGCCGUUGCCGUGCUGCGAUGACAUUUGUGUUGAAAAACAACUGUUUUGCCGAAAGAAAUUAUUUGUGGUUUGUCUAAGGAUUUUGAAAGUCUUUAAAAAUGACAUAGAGUAUCCUGUUCAAGUCGGUAAUUUUUUUUGGUGUAAUUUCAAGUGUUUUCUUUCAUGUUUGAUCUUGGGUUUGUUGAUUGACAAUAAUUUUACAAUAAUUAUCAUGCAAUUUGUGAACCCCGUCUGAAGGCAGACUUAUGCAUUUAGAAUGUGUAAAUUCAAAACUGUGAUAAAUUGACUUUUCUUCAAUGUUGUACGUACAAUAUACAUUUUUCUACAUUUUUCAACUCAUUUUUAGCAAAAAUGUUUCGUAGUGACGCUCAUAGUUUGAAUUUGGAGGCCGAUGAUGAGGUUUCGGAUUUAUUAGAGCAGUUUGUAGGCGGUGAAUUUGAUGAUACAGACGAAGAAGAUGAAGAAGCUGACUUUGAUGGGAUCGAAGAUUUUGACGGCUUUGAUGACAAUUUUAUGCCAAAUGAUAUUGGUUUUGAAUUGCCCCCAGUUUCAUCCACCAGCACCGCUCCCGAACAAAAUACAACGUACGAAGAAGUGUUUGUUUCAGUAGAGGAAAGCACAAAUGUGCAAAGUACUUGUGGCACAUCACAUUUCAUCGGUUUUAUGGAAUGA